AUGUGCAGCCCCACAACAGCCAGUAGCACGAGCACGUGCAUCGUUGAUGACGACACUGGCCAGAAGCGCAGCAUUUACUUGCGUGCGUGGCAGUUUUUGCAGCGUCGACUGCAUCUGCGGCCAAGAGCGUGUUCAUGUCCCGUUGAUAUGGAGAGUCAAGCAACACCAAAGACAGUAGAAGACUCGCUCGUGUCGAGCCAUUGGCAGCACGGUCCUGUAUGGAGAAAGCUUGACACGUGCGAGGAAUGUAGCAAGGAGAUGGGGGAGUCAAUGGCUGCUGAAGUUUCGACGCAACCGAGAUUCAGGACUCAGGCACAACGCAAGGCAGCGCAGAUCACGUGUCACAAUUGUGGACUGCUUUUCUUCCGACCACUCUCGGUUGCAAUGGACACGAGCGCUUUUUGUGGUCUUGACUGCCAGAGCUCAUUCGAGUACCGCCGUCGCUUACAAGAUGCAGUGAACAAGUGCGAAGGUUACCGAGGUUCUAUGAACUGGACACGGAGCAGUGAGCUCUAG